AUGGCAUCCAACCUCAAUGCCGAAGCGAAAUUAGCAUUCAGUCAGGUUGUCGAUUGGUUGCUCGAAAAGUCUCAAGCAGAUGACUUUCAGGCACAAGAAAGAGAGCAAGCAAGCCGUUGCAUCUCAAUCGUAUCAAGACAAGUUCGUGAUCAGCAGGUCAAUAGACUUGUCGAACAGAUUGAAACCGGUUGCCUUUCUUCUUCCUCUCCUAUAUCCUCUGGACGGAACGUUGAUAAAGACAGACCGAGCGUGUAUAUUCACACUGGAUGCUACUUCAUCGACCUUGCGCGCCCUCCAGCUAACGACUUCCGAGGAUGGGUCGCAGGCCGCAAAAUCAGCAAGACCGACAACGACCUUAUCCUAUGUCUUGAUAACUCUUCCCUCUUUGGCAUUCGUCAACAUCAUGUUGCUUUCCAAGUCCACGAGACAGGCAGAAUUCUUGUGCAAAAGAUUUCUGAUCGUGGCACCGUGGAAGUCAAUGGCGAUGUUCUCCACUCAAGAGAAAUCAGAUUGUUUAACCAGCAUACCUCGUCUAUUCGCCUCGGACAGUUGACGUACCUGGUUGAAUAUACUCGCCACAGCACCACACAAGAUCACACUAAAGCUAUGGCUGAAUACAUCCGUAAAUUCUACGGCCACAAAAUUCCACUCGAUAUCUCCAUGACCCCGACUCCAGCGCCAGGAAACGCAAUCCAGAUCGGUCAAUGGAGUCUCAGUAGCGCUGGAACAAUAGGAGUAGGCGGCUCUGGGCGGGUUAGCGUUGGCGUGAAUAAGAAGGGUGAUGUUGUGGCCAUAAAGAGAAUGAAUGUCUCAGAGAGAAAUGGGAAUUUGUUGAGGGGCAGGCGGAGCGUAAUUGAGACGUUAACGUUGUUGGCUACUGCUGCCAAAGAGGAGAGAAUUGUUCGACUUGUUGAAGUUAUUACGGAUGAUCCAAAUGCAACUAAUAAAGCUGCUGAUAUAUGGACGGAAUCAGUUCGAAGCAUGACGAUAGCACUAUUGGAAGCCCUCGCCUUCCUCCAUGCCAACAACUGGAUCCACGGCGACAUAAAACCCAUGAAUAUUGGCAUCCGCAAAUGGGACCUAGACCAAACAUCCAUAGUCCUCCCUCGACACAGAAGACGCAAUCUAUGCACCCCGAGGCAUCGCAACAGUGACGCCUGGAACGAAAGGAACAAGCUUGGUACAGCUGUUUUGCGGAUGAUUCGGCAUCCUUAUGCUCGGACGGAAGAGCAGAAAAAGACAAGACCAGAAUGUCGGGAGGUUCUCCAAAUGUUGCGUGCUGGUUCAACUGGUGAGGGAUUCGGACAGAAGCGAACUCGUAUAGGUGCAACAUGA